CUUCGACAAAACUUGUGUCGCACAUCCACGAGAAAAAAAUCUCUACAUAUUUUUAACAUCAUGAUAUUAUUUACCGCAUUCCUCUUGGUGACUGUUUCGUCCCAGUUUAUUCAUGCCGAAGAUGCUCCACACCGUAGACUUCGUGCGCCGCAACAAAGUCGUGCUGACUAUCAGACUCCAGAUGGAUACGAAGUAAACGGAAAAAUGUUCACCCCUAAUUCGCAGUGGAAAGCACGCGAGCAAAGACAGAACACGCGACAAGAACCCAGGGCUCCAAUUCAAAAACAGACGGAGGAAUUUUAUCAGUACAAACCAUAUUCAGCGAUUCCGGAAAAUAUCAAGCAAUUACUGAAUUAUUAUUACACACCUCAAGCGCCAUAUGUUAAUCCUCAUUCAUUUUUUUACAACAUCAAUCCUAUGCAAACGCUCGCUCAAGAUAAUUCUGGAGAUAAUUCUAAACAACAAGAAUAUUUACCGCCCCAAGAAUCCAAAGAGUUUUCAGCAUCUCAGCAGUUUCCUGGACCAGAAUCUUGGUCCCCAUCGACAAGACAACCGACUUAUUCGCCUCCUGUUGGUCAUGACGAAAACCAAAACCAAAACCAACAAAAUUCACUAGCUCAUCGUUCAAAUUACCCGAGUCACACGCUAGCUUCAAUAAAGAAAACCCCAAAGGCGGGAAUCAAGUACAAAGAUGAUUUGACUCCCAAUCAGUAUCAAAAUCAAAAUCAUCAACGUUUUGGUUAUCGAUCAUCGGCAAAUUCCCGCCAAGAUCAAGGCAAAAGGUCUCUAGAAAAGGACUUGGGGAAUUACGAGAAAAAACCCAGCCAAGGUUACCCAAAUAUGCCCCAAGAAAUCAGCCAAAUUUUGCAGUUCCAGGCUCAAAUUCCGUACAAUGUUCUCGCGAACCAAAUUCUGUUCGAGUUCAAAAAACCAUUGGUUCCACAGCCAUUGCCCAAUGACAUCCAGUACUCAGGACACUAUCCUAACAAGGUUUACUACGUGCGACCUGAUGGCGAAAUUGUCGACCAUCCCCCCGAAGAGGCCUCAAGUAGGCAAAAUUAUAAGUAUUAG